AUGCAAGGAUGCUUGGCAUCUUUGCUUCGCGUUCAAUCAGCUCUGUACCGCCAAUACAAAACCAAUAGUGACUUUCCAAGUCAGCUGCGUGUUUUUGGUGAGUCUCUAUUUUGGGAAGAGCUAAAAGAAGCAGAAGCCGUUAUCGCGCCAAUAUCUUACGCAUCGUUUCGUCUUCAGCGAGAUGAGAAUACCCUGGGAGAUGUCGUGCAAUCAUUUCGGGAAAUUUAUGAGGGUUUCCAGCAACAUCUUGUCCGUCGUAACAAACUAGUUGAGUGCGUUGAGCAUCGUUGGGCGCAGUGUGAGCAGCCCCUGUUUAUGCUUGGCUUUGCACUACAUCCAGUGUACGCCGAGAUCGCCCGAGAGUUACCUGAGACCGCUGUAUCGGGAACCGGCACGUUGUGCAAGAUUGCUGUUUACUAUUUCCGGCGACUGUUUGCUACUGAGGAUAUUUGCGAGAUACGACGUGAUAUGCUGGCCUGGAUGAAAGGUCGCUUUACCCGAACGAAGCCUAGCGAGUUUCCCAAUGUACCAUGGGAGUACUGGGAGGUUCUCUCUAUUGCAGUAAAUACUGCCACAUGCGAGCGUCUUUUUAGUGAGCUUGGCGUAAUUCACACUGCAAAGCGCAAUCGUAUGGCUCCAACUAAAGUCCUCGAUUAUCACAUCAUUGCCAAGCAUGUUCGCAAUCGGUCUAAAAAGAUUGAUUCCGGGGAUCCAAGGAAAAAGCUUCUUAUUUCUCCCAUUGAGAGAGAAAUUAUAAUGGAUGCUACGAGCAGAUCUAACCUGUUUGAACCUUCACCCCAUCAACAGGGGUUAUCGAAUGCAGACCAUGACAGUGACGAUGACGAUCCGGGUGACGGUGCUGAUGGAACAGCUACUUUGACGAUGUGGGGGGAGUUUUUCGACGAGGUGUUUGAGGAUGAAGAAAUUGAUGCGGGCUACACAGAAAACGAAGCUGGUCCUGAGCUGAGAAUGUUAAGAGAACAACGUGAAGAUGAUUCGGAGGACGAGAAUGAACUGGAAAAUAUCCCUUCCCCGAUCAAGCACGAAUUUACUGUCCAUAAUGACCGAAACUUCCCACAAGAAGCGCUAAUACUCGGGGGAUUUCGUGGUCGGAAAUCAACACUUACGGAGCUAUUUGAUUGA